AUGAGGUGGACCACGAUAAGUACCGCCGCCGUUAUCCUCGGCAGCGUCAAUGCCCUCAGUUUCCCGCGAUCAAAGGCCGGUAAAGGAUAUUUGUCUAUGCAUGUCGGAACUGUCGAGCGAUCAAAGAAUAAGCACAGCAAACGACAAAAUGAGGAUGAAGCUAUCGCAGUGCGACUUGAGAACAAGGACUUUUUCUAUGCGACAGAUAUUGAGAUAGGUUCACCACCACAGAAAGUAACUGUACUGCUCGAUACCGGCUCGAACGAACUAUGGGUAAACCCCGACUGUCAAGAAGCCCAAAGCGCUCUUCAAUACAACCAAUGUCUCGACUUUGGUCAGUACGAUCCUGACAAGUCAGAUACACCACCCAUCGGUCCCUUCGGCGGCGAGACACUCAACUAUGGCGACGCAUCCGAUUCAUCGACGCAUACCUCUGCUACCAUUCGAUACUUUACCGACGUCUUCACCUUUGGAGACGAAGAGCUGAAGAACCAGACAUUUGGUGUGUUGGAGGAGAGCAAUGGUAUCUCACAGGGUAUUCUAGGCCUUGCGCCUGACCUGAGAGCCGGAUACGAUAGCAAUGAGCCUUAUAGCUUGUUGCUUACUUCCAUGGCUGAUCAAGGUCUCAUCAACAGUCGCGUGUUUGCGCUUGAUCUGAGACAUUCCGAAGAUUCCGAGGGAGCUCUUAUCUAUGGUGGUAUUGAUCGCAGCAAGUACAUCGGGGCGUUGGAGACGGUUGAUAUCAUCCGAGGCGAGGGCGGCGAAUACCGUCUUGCUACCAGAUUAAACAGUCUUGGUGUCACCAUUGGUGGUAGAACAAGGAAUAUCCGCGUAUCGAGGGACGACUCCAAUGUCAUGCUCGACUCAGGAACGACACUCACUCGCAUGCACAUGUCUGUCGCGCGACCUAUCCUACAAGAACUCGGUGCUCAGAAUGAUGGCGAGGGCUUUUACACGACCGACUGCCGAAACCGGGAUAUUGACGCCACCGUUGACUUUGGUUUCGGCGACAAGGUUAUCAGGGUCGCUCUCACUGAUUUCAUCCUUGAGCUUGGUCCAGGAACCUGUUACAUUGGUCUGGUUCCAACCACCGACCAGCAGAUCCUUGGUGACUCUGUUCUACGUGCUGGAUACUUUGUCUUUGACUGGGAUAAUGAGAAGAUUCAUCUCGCUCAGGCUGCCAACUGUGGCGAUGAUGAUAUUAUUGCUGUUGGUUCUGGUUCUGACGCUGUGCCCAGUGAGACGGGCAAGUGUAAGAGCUCUGAUAUCACAGCCACUGGACGUGGAAGCGCUACUCGCACAGGCAACUCAUUCCCUACUGGACCGUACACAACCACCUACACCAUCACUUCAUGUCCCGACUUUGAGCGCGACUGCUCAACAGGCGUCGUAACAACACAGACCUUUAGUGAGGCAACUGUUACCGUCACCUCCGGUGCUGGCGGUGACGGCGACGGCGACGAUGACAAUGCCGCAUGGCAGCCUACGCCCCUUGGCUGGGUUUUUGCUGUAGUUGGUGGAUUUGCUCUAGGCCUGAAUCUGGUUUAG